AUGAUCGAGGGCGAUUUCGUAUCGAGCAGGGAGAGGAAGACAACUAUGAGUACUAGGGCCAAGAAGAAGCCAACCGCAAACACUACCAAUGAAGUAUACAAUGACGGAAUCACUUUUACUAUUGACGGGAAGCUCUAUGCGGUAACUUUUUCGGAUGGGGUGUUUGCUUUCAACUCAAAGCAAUGUAGAUGGGACCUUGUUGAACAAUAUCCAAGGAUGCAUGAGAUUACGUAUUCGGAAUCUUACUGCGAGAUAGAUAAUGUUCUCUACUCUGUUUCUAACCAAGGAGCUCUGAGAUGGUAUGACACCGACAAGACAAGGUGGAGAGAUUUGAAGGGUUUGGUAGGGCUACCUAAGUUGCCUAGUCCUCUUGGUCUUCGUGGUUAUUAUGCUAGAUUGACUGGUAAUGGUGGUGGAAAGAUGAUGGUUUUCUGGAAUAUAAAUUUAAGUGGUCACCUGUUUCAAAGUGACACCAUAUUUUGUGCGGAGAUAGCACUUGAAAGACGCAAUGGAGAUUGUUGGGGCAAACUUGAGUGGCGUGGUAGUGUGUUGUCAGUCCCUGUGAAUACUGAGUUCGUUAAGGUUCUUCCUGUAACUCUUUGA